UAGUGGUAAGCCUGGUUCGUCGUCACAGUAUAAAAGGAAGUUACAGGAAGUGCUUCCUCCAUUUUCAUCGUCGUUGGCAAGAUGUCACAUAGAAAAUUCAGUGCACCCCGCCAUGGGUCUAUGGGAUUCUAUCCCAAGAAAAGGUCUCAAAGACAUCGUGGUAAAGUUAAGGCCUUCCCUAAAGAUGACCCGAGCAAACCAGUUCAUCUAACGGCUUUUGUUGGUUAUAAGGCGGGUAUGACUCACGUGGUGAGAGAAGCCGAUCGUCCUGGCUCAAAGGUAAACAAGAAAGAAAUUGUGGAAGCAGUGACUAUUCUUGAAACACCACCUAUGAUUGUGGUUGGUGUAGUUGGAUACAUUGAAACUCCACAUGGUCUACGUGCUCUUACAACAGUUUGGGCUGAACAUCUUUCAGAGGACUGCCGUAGGAGAUUCUAUAAGAACUGGUACAAGAGCAAGAAGAAGGCAUUUACAAAGGCUUCCAAAAAAUGGCAAGAUGAUCUUGGUCGUAAAUCCAUUGAAAGUGAUUUUAAAAAGAUCAUUAAGUAUUGCAAGGUCGUCCGAAUUAUUGCUCAUACCCAGAUGAAACUCUUGAGACAACGACAAAAGAAAGCUCACAUCAUGGAAAUCCAAUUAAAUGGUGGAACCAUUGAACAGAAGGUACAGUGGGCACGUGAACAUCUUGAGAAACCAGUACCUAUUAGUAACGUCUUUGCUCCUGAUGAAAUGAUAGAUGUAAUAGGUGUGACAAAAGGAAAAGGAUACAAAGGUGUUACAUCACGUUGGCAUACAAAGAAGUUGCCACGCAAAACGCACAAGGGUUUGAGGAAAGUUGCUUGUAUCGGAGCUUGGCAUCCAAGCCGUGUGUCCUUCACGGUAGCACGUGCAGGUCAAAAAGGUUACCAUCAUCGUACAGAAAUGAACAAGAAGAUUUAUAGAAUUGGACAAGGAAUUCACACGAAGGAUGGCAAGAUUGUAAAGAACAACGCAUCGACGGAGUACGAUCUUACAGAAAAAACGAUAACUCCCAUGGGUGGUUUUCCUCAUUAUGGUGAAGUAAAUAACGAUUUCGUUAUGAUUAAAGGAUGUUGUAUGGGACCAAAGAAACGUGUGAUCACGUUACGCAAGUCCUUGUUGGUACAUACUAAACGAGCUGCACUGGAGAAGAUCAAUCUCAAAUUCAUCGAUACCAGCUCCAAAUUUGGACAUGGUCGCUUCCAGACAGCAGCUGAUAAAGUAUCAUUUAUGGGUCAGCUUAAGAAGGAUCGCAUUCGUGGAGAACAAGCACAUGCCACAACCUCGGCGCCUGCAGCUGAUCCUGCUCUGUAAAUUUUGCAUAUUAUAAAUUAUAUGCAAUAAAUAAAAAAAAAUUUCAUGAAA